AUGCAUGAGAUGACGUUACCUCCGUUAGCUGUUCCCUCGCAUUCGAAGCGCUUUCGGGACACUUGGCCACCAAUGCACGUGACACCUUGUCAAGUUGCUGAUGGACCUGUGCCCAAAUCGCAAAAGCCGGGAUCUCUUACCGUAUCCGUGUCAUCCCAUGUCCAGACCUUGCAUUCCAAGAUUCCCGCUUUGCGUUCCUUGGGAGUGGAGCAACGCUCGGAAUGGUUUCGGGAUGAUUGCCAUCAUUCAGAUGCAGGCGGCGAAGCUCUGGGCAAUUUGUUGGCCAAGCUUCUGCUGUGGGCAGUUCGCCAGCCAGCCUUGACUGCAUUGAAGGUUCCAGCUGCCCCCAGCGUCCCAGCUGCUCUAGAUGCUGGCUGCUGGUGCAAUGGCAAAACCAUCCGGGUCGGAUUACGGGCUCGAGUAUGCUCACAGACACAGAAAUCAAUUGUUGCGGCAUGUUGUGGGCAGUCCUAG